AUAAAGCCGGCAGCAGCGGCUCGGUUGGCAUUUGCAACCACGUGGUGACGUCGAUCUCGCGCACUCUGUGACCGAGUCCUUGUCGAGUGCACUUGCACGUGCCCUUCUAGGGGACUUAAGCUUCUCCAGUCUUUGGGGAUGGUCAAGAAGGCAGGGUCGAAACUAGUGAAGAAGUCCAAGAAGCAUGGCAUUCCUCGCGAUGAGUUGGUCACCGUCAAGUCCGACCUCAUUUUGUUGGCGCCAGAGUUCGAGGACAUCGAGGAAAAGAGGCUGGAGGGAUCCACCUGGAGCCGGCCGAACCAGCGUGACCCGGAGGACCCGCACAAAGAAGCAGCAGCAGGAAAGGGUGGCGUGGGGGCGCGCAAGGCUGGCGUGCGGGCGGGCGUGGUGUGCCUCAAGCUGGUCUCCCUGGUUACUCUGCUCUACCUCUUCAUCUGCUCCCUCAAACUCCUGGCUAGCUCGUUCAGGCUUCUCGGCGGCAGGACGGCCAGUGCGGUGUUCCAGCAGUCCCAGCUGUUGAGUAACCCUGUGGUGGGGUUGAUGAUGGGCGUGCUGGUGACGGUCCUGGUACAGUCUUCUUCCACCUCCUCCUCCAUCAUCGUCUCCAUGGUGUCUGCGAACUUCCUGGACGUGCCGACAGCCAUUCCAAUCAUCAUGGGUGCCAACAUUGGUACCUCCGUCACCAACACCCUUGUCAGCAUCGGCCAAAUCGGGGACAGGGAGCAGUUUGAGAGGGCAUUCGCUGGUGCUGUGGUUCACGACAUGUUCAACUGGCUGUGUGUGAUGGUGCUGCUGCCCCUCGAGGUGACCACGGGCUAUCUCGACCAUCUCACUACUGCCAUCCUCUCCUCUGUCACCCUCGAGCACAACAAUAUGAAGGUCGAACUCCUCUCAAGUAUCACCAAGCCCUUCACCGACAAGAUAAUCACGCUGGACAAGUCUGUGUUGACGGGGUGGACGAUGAAGGACCCAGCCUACGAGAACGCCACUCUACUGCAACGACUGUGUCCUCACCCUCACAACGCCUCACAAUACGUUACAUGCCAGACAGUAGCUGCACACCUGCCGCUGAGUGACACAGGUGUGGGUCUGGUGUUGCUGGCCGCCUCACUUCUCCUCCUCACCAUCUGCCUCAUCGCCAUUGUCAAGACCCUCAGCUCUAUGCUCAAAGGGUCGGUGGCGGGGAUGGUGCAGCACGUGCUCAACGCUAACCUUCCCCGGGUGCCUUGGCUCACAGGCUACCUGGCUAUCAUCGCUGGUGCCAUCAUCACCUUCGUCCUCCAGUCGUCCUCCAUCUUCACCUCGACGCUCACGCCGCUGGUGGGUCUCGGGAUGAUCAGCGUAGAGCGUGUCUACCCCCUUACGUUGGGGUCAAACUUAGGCACCACCACCACAGCUCUGCUGGCUGCUCUCGCCUCCGACUCAGCCAGCCUCCGUCCUGCCAUUCAAAUCGCUCUCGUCCAUCUCUUCUUCAACGUGACGGGUCUGCUGAUGUGGUACCCCAUUCCCUUCAUGCGUCUCCCAGUGCGGAUGGCUCUCGCGCUAGGUCGAAUCACCAGCAAGUACCGCUGGUUUGCUGCUGUCUACAUGGUGAUGACGUUCUGCAUUGUACCAUUGUUCGUGUUUGUGGUGUCCCUUGGAGGGGCGGUCGUUAUGUACAGUGUCUUUAUCCCACUCGCUGUGUUUAUACUCAUUGUUGCAUUUAUCAAUCUAGCUCAGGUACAUUUCCCCAAAUGUCUGCCGUCUCUAUUGCGCACAUGGCACUGGCUGCCUCUUCCACUGCGCUCUUUGCAGCCUUACGACGACCUCAUCACCCGUCUCAUGUGCUGCAGUCGUGGCCCAGGUCAUGAAUAUGCCCACGUUCCAGCUGUGUCUGUGCAGCCCCCACUUGCAGGAGUGGAGCAGGGGGAAGGGUUGGUAGUGGUGGUGGAGGAGGAGGCCGAGAAGGAGGGUGAGGGAGGCCCCGGGGAAGGUGCCAACGGGCAGAUGGAGGUGCAGAUCCACAGUGCCAAUGUUACCCCUCGAGUCGUCUUUGUCCAACACGAGACCUCCACCUAAGAUGACGUGACCUCCAUCCACCCACCUGCCAGGAUGCUGGAGUGUUAGAGGACUGAGAACUCUGGUCGUACAGACACAGGCUGUCCGCGAGAAGAUUCGCAAUAAGUGAAUAUUAUAUAUUCUAAAAAAAAAAAAGAUUGUAUUUGCUAGUAUGCAUAUGCUCAAAUGUGUUUUUUUACUUUCAUCAAAAUUUAUAUGCAUAUACAGUAUGACUCCCCAAGAAAUCAUUUUGUAAAAACAAUAUGAGAAAAAUGUAUACUUUAACCACAUGGAAACUGAACAUCAAACAACUAGCCCAGUUCAGUUGUAAGCAAAGUAAGUUGCACAGGAGACCAGCAACAGCAGGCGGGUCACCGUAUUUAUAAUGUCAUCAUCCACACGUAUAGCUAAUGUUUCCUCUUUCAUAGCGACGUAUGUGAGAACCUCUCCUAGCAAUGUCUAGCUAGUGUACUGUAUACCAUUACUAGCAAUGAAUAUAGCAGAUACAAGUGGUAAUAUAGUGAAACGUGUAUGUUCAUUAAAUGUCCCCAAAACUGAA